AUGAGAAAUGAAAAACAAGACUUAUUCAGGCAAGCCAGUCCAAGAGAUUUGGAGAAGUUAGCUUUUCUGGAAAGACAGGAGCGUCCGUAUUAUAUGUGGUGGUCACAAGAUUGUCUCGCGCGCACAUUUUUUCACCUCCCAAAUAAAACUCUGUGGAACUGCUUCGUUUGCGCCACAACGCUGACUGCUGUUGUACUUAUUGCUAUCACCAGGGAGUAUGAAAUUAAUAUCCAAGCAUUUUUCAAUGCGGUGUAUAUUAUUCACGUGGCUGCAUUGAUGUGCCAGGUGGUUAGACGGCUGCAGUAUUCCUACAUUGAUUAUUGUACAGCGGCUGGCUUCUUAAUAGACUUAUCUACGUUUUCUCACUACAUAAUAGAAGUAAAGGACCACGACUUACUAGAGCUAACUUGUUAUUAUGUACGACUUCACAGGCCUAUGCGUUAUCUAUGGUCUUUAAAUAAUGAGAACAUGAAAGGCAGCGUCUUGGGUACCACAUUGAAAUAUUGCUACAUUUUUAUGGUGCUGAGAGUCACCUGGGCGUUAAUUUGGCUUCGAAUGGGCGUGUUCUCUUCGGUGAUAAACCCUGAACACGCACUAAACAGUCGGCUGAUGAAAAAUGACAUUUCUCUUGGACAAAAUCAAGCUACCAAUCCCGGUGAAUUCCUGAUUGUGUUCUAUGUUUUGAAUAAACUGUUCAUACCUAUUGGACCGUCUAUAAUGCCAAGGAAUGAUAUGGAGCGAAUAGCCUGUCUUCUUGUCAUGUUGUCUGGCUCUUUAGUGGUGACAGGAGUGGCUGUGGCAUCCCUGUCCCUUAUUAUUAGUCUCUACAUGGCGCCUGAAGAGACCUUCCGAUCCAGGUUCAAACUCAUUAUGAAAGAAAUGAAAGGGUCGCACAUGCCUCUAAGUCUACGUGAGAAAGUAAAGACCUUUUACAAGAUGUACUGGCACAAGCAGAAGGCUGUGUCGGCCACUCAACUCUUGCCUAUCUUCCCGCCAACACUCUGCGCCACUGUUUACACCGAUAUCUACUUCAGAGCAACACAAAAGAGUUGUAUUUUGCGUGACCUUUCCUACCAGUUCCUUUCAGAGCUCGCGAAGAAAAUGCGUACAAUCCACUAUAUCCCCGGAGACGCAAUCAUUAAACGGAACACAAUCAGAUCAUCUAUCAUAUAUAUCACCUAUGGAGAUGUUGAGAUGCUAACAGCCGAAGAUGAUUCAACAGCGAUUCUUCGGAUGGCUCGUGGUACCAUUUUGUCCCCACAAGCAGGCUGCCCGGCCGCAUGCACGCGUGCGCAUGUAGAAAUAAGGGCUGCUACGUUCUGUAUCGCACAUGUGUUGUAUGCUUCUGAUUUGUGGAAGACAGCAUUGAAAUAUGGACAGAAGGAACUUAUUUUGGCUUCUUUUUAUGAGCACUUGGAAAGGGUUAGGCGGCACUACUGUUGGAAAAUCCCCGAAAAUGCUGCAUAUAAGAGUAGCAUCUUACAUUUCAAACGCAAAUUAAUGAAUUUGAAGGAAGCGAAAAUCGGGGAGACACCUCCACUAGCGAAGACAGAUGUGAUGAUGGAAAUAGCUGGUUCUUAUAUUAUGAGAAAUAGAGCAGAUGCAUCCCUGACGGAGGAAUCCGACGCCAUUUGCCUACGAAUGACGUUCCCGUGUAUUUUACAGCCAUCCUCGUCGCUACAAGUCGUAUGGCAUUCAUUUGUGACAUGCAUAAUACUGGCUGUUUGUCUAACUCAUCCAUACUACCUGGUGUAUAAGAAAGAGGUACCGCUUCAGUUCAGGUUCUAUGACUACAUUGUGAGCAUUAUCUUCACACUCGACCUAAUCAUACACCUCUCCACGGCUGAGAAUGUUGAAGAUGGUGUACCCAUAACCCUUGCCCAAACAGCGUCCCAACAAGCUCGAAGCAAAUGGUUUAUGCUUGAUGUUAUAGCCACGUUGCCAAUAUUCGAAUUUACUACUGAAGGGCAUUUUGCUGGAAUUAAUAAAAUACUCAGAUUACAUAAGGUAUUUCGAAUGCUUAAAGCCAUUGAAGACGAGUGCGUAUAUCACAGUAAUACCCUGAGAUUCCUUUCUUACUCACUACUCCUUCUAAUCGCCUGUUAUCUCCUCGCGGCAUUACAACAAGGAUUUAUGUGUUAUGGCUUUGGUUACUGCUUAGUGACGAAUAUAACUCAUUCUCCAUACUGGACCCCUAAGCCUCUAGAUGACACAGUUGAAAGCCGACUCACUUUCAGCCUCUAUUGGUCGAUAUCUAUGAUUACUUUUACUUCUCACAAACAAGACUUCGGCGCAGCCAACGCUCUAAGUGUGGUGUAUGUAAUGUUUGUCCUGGAACUAUGCAUCGUGCUACACAUAUUUAUCGAAGCUGUCUAUUCUGCUACUAUCAUGGUCACCACAGCUAUGAGGGAAAAUUACGACGCGUGUAUCGAGAACGUCACCAACUUCCUAAACAAAAAUGAAGUGGAACCCAUACUAACGAAAAGAUUCAAGUCUUAUCUUGAGCUUUGCUGGUACACUGAUAAGGCGUAUUCGAUGACUAAUAAAAAGAAGUCAAUAUUUCACGACUUGCCGCCACACGUACACCAAGACAUUGUGACGAGGCAGAGAAGCAAAUAUAUGCUGUGCAUACCAUUUAUGAAGCUACUCCACAAAGAGGAAUUAAAAACUAUAGCAUCGAACGCAACCUUAUUUUGCACUUGUCCAAAUGAGAUACUACUGAACACUGGAGACAUUUCUAAUGAGAUGUAUGUCGUUAAACAAGGGAUAUGUGAAGUAUUGUGUCCAAUAACAAAAACUGUUGUUCGUGAAUUGACCACGAGACAUCAUUUUGGUGUGGUUGUUUGUUUACUGAGAAUCCCUUCAUUUUACACUAUCAGAGCAGUCACGCACGUCCAAGUGUUCUCUAUAUCCAGAAAGUUUCUGAAAAACAUAGACGAAAUACCACAGAUUAAAGAUGCUAUUGAAUUUGCCAAAGAACAACCGGAGUUCGAGUUCCUUCAGAUGCCGUUUCCAUCAUUUGUGACAUAUGUUCCUCCAAAUCCCACACCUAACGUGGAACGAUUUCCAUUACCUCGGAAACAUGAGAAGGACUCUGCAUUUCUACACCCAUUUAAUAGACUUGGUUUCUUAUCUAUAUUAAGGUACAUAUUUCCACGUUACACAAUUCGUCCUGACGGACCGUAUUUGGCUCGCUACGAGUGGUUCCGAGCUGCGUGUGCGUUAACUAGUGCUAUGGUCUUUCCUGGCUGGACAUACUUGAUUCUUCAGUUCGACAACCUUUAUUAUCUCAAAAAUUUUCUAGAUUUUUCUGCUUAUUUGGACAUAUUACAAAGAGUUCUGGUGGGAUACUACAAUGAUAAGGGUCUACUGGUUUAUCAUCCCGCAAGUACAGCAGCUCACUAUUUGAAAGGCACCUUUCUCAUUGAUCUCCUAGCAUGCCUGCCCUUAGAAAACCUGGAAAUUGUGAUUAAGGAGACCUAUGAAGGGAGGUACUUCUUACGUCCUACCUCUCAAUACUUAUCCUUGAACCGGCUCAUACAGCUUUAUCGCACGCCGAGCGCUCUCCUCACACUGAAGGGAUGCGUGCGAAAGGAUAUUAUUAUUGUACUGAAGGCGAUUCCCCCAUUCUUAGCUCUACUAAAUGUACUGACGUGUUUAAUUAUUUUUAAUUCUGUGAAAGUCGUAUUUGAUAAUGAGGACUACCACCUUGUACCAUUUGUCGAUGAAGGUGGAUCAUGGAUAAAUUUAUACAGGAAUGUUUUUCGUUUCAACAUCACUGAAAAUUCCUGGAACCUACAUCUGGCGACGUAUUUCUGGGUGGUUUACGAGACAACCACUACGGGAUAUAAUACAUUUAGCCCUAGUAACUUUAUAGUCAUGAGGAUUUUGAUUACUGGAAUGAUUAUUGGAGCAAUGAUAACUACUUACUUCUCCGUUCGCGUCAUCAGCACUCGUGCUAAUGUCAAUAAGGCACUGGCUUCUUUCCAACAGCAUAUGCAGGAUAUUGAGAGGUUCAUGAUGAAGGAAAAUUUGGAGCCUGCGCUAAAAAGACAAGUUUUAGAGUAUUAUAAACUAAACUGGGAUAACAUGGGUGGCAUGGACUAUCGAAAAGUAUUAAAACUAUGCGACCACAUCACACUACGUACUGAUGCCAUUGUCUUCAUCUAUGGACCUACAUUUUCAAAGUGUCCAAUUGUAAAGAAAACCGACAUAGCGUUAUUAAGGAUUAUAGGGCGGGCUGUACAUACGCUCCACUUCCUAAAGGACACGUGCAUCAUAUCGCAGGAUGACGUCACAUCCGAUUUAUAUAUUGUUGAUCAAGGAAUCGUGGAACUGAGAUAUUAUGACAAUGAUGGCAUCAUUGAAAGGGUUAAGUUAGGGAAAGGAAGUCUAUUUGGUAACUUACGAUGUCUUGUGACAAUGCGUAGUACGGUAGAAGUGGUAUGUGUGACCCAAGUACAUCUUUUGUAUAUGAAUACCGUUAAGUUUUACAAAAUCAUCGCUGAAUUUCCCCAUAUUCUUGAUUUAUUGGAAGAAUACCUAGGCCGUAAUGAGAACUAUGUAAUGGGAACUGAGGAAGUUAUAGAAUUUAAUACAAAGGAAGUGAAUACUUCUUCAAUAUGGACAAUUUUCCAAAAGUUUAUCACUGUAACCCAACAUCAAAUCCCAAUCGUACAAAUUUACCUGAUUUUCAUUUCUCUUGGAUGUAUCUAUGCUGAUGUGUAUAACGCUGGUUUUCAAGAUAAUCGUACAAGUUUAGUAGUCGCAUUGUAUUUAAUGGAUUUGGGAUUUUUAUGGAAGUUUUUAAUUUAUAUUCUCAUGCCGUAUUCUGGGAACGAGAUGGUGGCCUCAAUUUGGAAGGAAAGACGCAAAUAUUUAAAAUGUGAAUUCAAGAUGGAUUUGAUAUCAGUUAUACCGUUCGAAGCUCUUUCAUUAUUCAGUGUAACUAACAGAUGGUUGGUGUUUUCAAGUUUCCGCCUAAAUCGACUGUUUCGAAUCGUAACCGUAUACAAAUGCCUUCAAAAGCGUCAUGAGAGUAUUUCAGUAAACCUGAUAUUCACGACGGCUGUGUCCGUGUUAAUUUGGAUGACGUUUUUCAUCCAUGUAUCCACUUGUAUCUGGUAUUUUAUUGGCGUUAUGGAAGAGGAUAUUUCACCUAAGUCCUCUUGGUUCUAUGAUGCUAAAGGUCGUCCUCUCUGUCAGAGUAAAUAUAUUUGUUCUUUGUACUUCGUCUUAACCACCUUUACACAAAAUGGAGUCGGUGAUAUUUUACCAAAGAAACAAUCUGAGGUUAUAUUUGUUUCAAUACUUCAGCUAGUAUCUACAAUGGUAUAUAUGAUAUAUGUCGGUGAAUUCUCAAAUAUUAUACAGUAUUAUUCCUUUCGGUCUUUUGGAUAUUAUUGCAAGUUUAUAGAACUGCAGGAAUUCCUCAAAAAUAACCGUGUCUCCCAAAACUUAGUAAAACUGGUUCACAAAUACUCGCUGCACCUUUGGUCGGAAUCCCGCGGUGUUCAGUUACCCGAAUUUUUAAUUAAUGCGCCGAACUGUCUCAAACUUGAGGUCAUGUCUGCGGCGUACUUGUACCAUUUACAUGCUCAUCCUAUAUUUAGGAACUGCGAGCCAGUUUUCCUACGACAAUUAGUUGGUUGCUUUAAACUCUUUACUUAUAGCAAAGGGCUAUAUGUUGUAAAAGAGAACGAGAGAACAGACAGCCUUUACUUCGUUCAUUCAGGACGCGUUCUAGAAACUACCGAACAGAAUUGCAUCACUCGACUAUAUUUUGCUGGAGAGGAAUUUGGAACGCUUCAUGGUCUUGUUCACAAUUUACCCUAUACACACUCUUAUGUAACAGUAAUGAAUUCGCAAGUAUUAUCACUGUGUCUAAACGACUGGGAACAUUUAUUACAGCAUUUUCCUGACAGUAAAGAAGUUAUUGAAAAAUCAUUGACGAGAGAUGACAAUUUACCUGACGAUAAAAUAGAAAAAGGAAAAAAAGAACGAAGGGUUACAAUAUUCCACGAUUUUAAACAUUCAUCUAAAGAAAAGAUAAAUUCAGGGAAAUUAAAACCCCUUUCCGAUAAAACAAGCGAAGAGGCAACAGAAUCGCAAGGUCAAUCUAGUGAUGAUACAAGCAGGUGGCCUGUUGAUAAUCGGCAAUCUCUAGCAGAACAAAAUCUCAAUACCUAUGAGCCGCCUAAAGAGGUUCCCUUUGCUAUAAAAUCUUCUGAAGAUGUCUCAACUGUUGAUCGAAGGGAAAUAGAAUCAACGAAUAAACUUACUGACCAAGAUGUAUUAAAUGAAGAAGAAGAAGCUACAGAAGCGCUUUUAGCUCGGAUGGAAGCAGUUAAUGAUUCUACUCAAGAAAAUAUAGAUUCCCUACCUUCAGUAGGAGACAAAACUUUAAACCGAGAGGGUUCGAAUGCUAAUUUGGAUGUUAAGCAAAUGAAAAGCGUUGACGAAUAUAUUUUGGGACGAUAUGGUGAAUAUGCAUCAGUAACAGACUCAGGUGAAAAUGUACAGGAAGUAACCGACGACACAUUUGAUGCUCCGACGUCUACAUCACGUCUUAAGCAAAGUAUACAUGUAAAGUAUAAUGAGAUGAGUCAAAGAAAAAGUUCAUCGAUAGAAUUGCAUGAAUUAAAGCCAAUGCGAGAUUUGACCACAGAUGAAAGGAAUUUCAAGUCCCUUGAUAGUGAUACAGAUCCAAAUACGACUAACGAAGAUGAUAAUAAGAGUAUAAUAACUCGAUUAUCAGCGGAGAGCGACAGCGAUUCAUCUAUCAAUAAGAAAAGAACCAGCUCCAAAUAA